AUGAGACUAGGUGGAUCUAGGGCAGCACCUGGGACUUCAAAUUCCAGGGUAGGGGCAAACGAUGAUGAGGACGUGGCCGAUGGCCGUAUUGAGAUAACGGUUCGCCCGGAUGGCAGCGUGUUUUGGCCUAGUUCUGCAUCGGGACACUUCCGGCCUAUAUUCAAGUCAGAAUCCACCCUAGAGGGUAUCAUUUGGAAACGUGUCCCUUUGAUAACAAAACAGUGGUACGAAGUUGAGAUGAAGAAACACAUUAAGUGGAAGCCGAGAAACGAGGUUAAAGUCCGUCGCAUCUACAACAAGAAGGCCUGUGAGCUUUACAACAAAUGGGUGCAUGAGGUCCGGAACAGCAAUGACGAGAAGGUUACCUCGGCCAUUCCCGCAAAUGUCUUGGAGCAUUGGAGGGAGCAUUGGAAAUCCAAGGAUGCCGUAAAGAAGUCAAAAAUAGCAAAAGCAAACCGACGGGGUGGAAAUUCUAAUGCUGAUGCAGAGUCCACACACACCGGUGGAUCCCGAUCGUUCAUGGAGACCUCGCAGAAAAUGGGUCUUGGUCCAUGGGGGACCUACGAGUGGACGCAUACAAAGCACCAUAAUGGUAGUGAGUAUUGCAGCACCAAGGCAAAUCGUAUAAAGGAAGGUAUGACUGCGAUCGAGGAAGGAAUGUCUCAGCUCGGUGAUACAGAAUAUAGCCGCGAUGAGGCACUUCUUUCCUUAGUCCACCGGGAUAACAAGAAAAGAAUUUAUGGGCUUGGAUCACUUGCAGCGACGGUGCCAAUAGAGGAGGUUUUCGAUUCCAGCGACGGGCAUAUCCCGAGUGGUCCGAGUUACGCCCAACGUUUGGAGAAUCUCGAGAAAAAUCACAUGACCAUCAUUGAGCAGCUCAAGAUGAUCAAGGCUCGCUUGGACAAGCGCAACGACGAUGGGGACUCUAGUGCGCCUCCGGUUUGUUGA